AAAAAAAACAAUAGUCUGGUGCCGGGAAGCCCCAUAUUUAUUCUGGUCUCUCAUUUAUAACCCCCCCCAACCCCAAGUUGACGAUCCUCACACAUUUUCAAGCUCUCUCUCUCUCUCUCUCUCUCUCUCUCUCGCUUUUAGAUCCCUCUGUGUGAAAUCUCAGGGAUCCGCAGUCAGAAUGGGGCUCACGUUCACGAAGCUUUUCAGCCGGCUUUUUGCCAAGAAAGAGAUGCGAAUUCUGAUGGUCGGUCUCGAUGCCGCUGGUAAGACCACCAUUCUCUACAAGCUCAAGCUCGGUGAGAUCGUCACAACAAUUCCUACUAUUGGAUUUAAUGUUGAGACCGUGGAAUACAAGAACAUCAGCUUCACAGUCUGGGAUGUCGGGGGUCAGGACAAGAUCCGACCUUUGUGGAGGCACUACUUCCAGAACACACAGGGUCUUAUCUUUGUUGUGGACAGCAAUGACAGAGACCGUGUUGUUGAGGCAAGGGAUGAAUUGCACAGGAUGUUGAAUGAGGAUGAGCUGCGAGAAGCUGUGUUGCUUGUUUUUGCCAACAAACAGGAUCUCCCCAAUGCAAUGAAUGCUGCUGAAAUUACCGAUAAGCUUGGCCUCCACUCUCUCCGACAGCGUCACUGGUACAUUCAGAGCACUUGUGCAACCUCUGGAGAGGGUCUAUAUGAAGGCCUGGAUUGGCUCUCCAACAACAUUGCUAACAAGGCUUGAUCCCUAUUUGGGAGUCAUUUUGAGGACUGGCAAUUCUGGAUGCAGGGGUGAAUAUUAUCUAGUUCGUUUUUUGUUUCUCCGAGACAAUUGAAUUUGUUGUUAUAUCUAUUUCUCCCGGAAAUGAUAAUUUCAUUUGUAGGACCUUUAAUGGUUAUAUUUGUAAUAGAAGAAUGGUUGGUCAAAUGUAUACAUUUGAGCUUUUGAUUGAAUUUGGAUACAGUGUUCUGAGUUGUAAUUGGAUUUCAGAC